AUGGUAUUGAGCAACAGUAAUCCACAACAGCCAUCCCAAAGUUACCAUUUUGAACAGUGCAGCACAUCUAAGACCCUCGGCCGGUGGCUGGUGGCGCGGCAGCCGCCCCUCGGCCGGUGGCUGGUGGCUGGUGGCGCGGCAGCCGCCCCUCGGCCGGUGGCUGGUGGCUGGUGGCGCGGCAGCCGCCCCUCGGCCGGUGGCUGGUGGCUGGUGGCUGGUGGCGCGGCAGCCGCCCCUCGGCCGGUGGCUGGUGGCUGGUGGCUGGUGGCGCGGCAGCCGCCCCUCGGCCGGUGGCUGGUGGCUGGUGGCUGGUGGCGCGGCAGCCGCCCCUCGGCCGGUGGCUGGUGGCUGGUGGCUGGUGGCGCGGCAGCCGCCCCUCGGCCGGUGGCUGGUGGCUGGUGGCUGGUGGCGCGGCAGCCGCCCCUCGGCCGGUGGCUGGUGGCUGGUGGCGCGGCAGCCGCCCCUCGGCCGGUGGCUGGUGGCUGGUGGCGCGGCAGCCGCCCCUCGGCCGGUGGCUGGUGGCGCGGCAGCCGCCCCUCGGCCGGUGGCUGGUGGCUGGUGGCUGGUGGCGCGGCAGCCGCCCCUCGGCCGGUGGCUGGUGGCUCGGCAGCCGCCCCUCGGCCGGUGGCUCGUGGCUGGUGGCGCGGCAGCCGCCCCUCGGCCGGUGGCUGGUGGCUGGUGGCGCGGCAGCCGCCCCUCGGCCGGUGGCUGGUGGCUGGUGGCGCGGCAGCCGCCCCUCGGCCGGUGGCUGGUGGCUGGUGGCUGGUGGCGCGGCAGCCGCCCCUCGGCCGGUGGCUGGUGGCUGGUGGCUGGUGGCGCGGCAGCCGCCCCUCGGCCGGUGGCUGGUGGCUGGUGGCUGGUGGCGCGGCAGCCGCCCCUCGGCCGGUGGCUGGUGGCUGGUGGCUGGUGGCGCGGCAGCCGCCCCUCGGCCGGUGGCUGGUGGCUGGUGGCUGGUGGCGCGGCAGCCGCCCCUCGGCCGGUGGCUGGUGGCGCGGCAGCCGCCCCUCGGCCGGUGGCUGGUGGCUGGUGGCUGGUGGCGCGGCAGCCGCCCCUCGGCCGGUGGCUGGUGGCUGGUGGCUGGUGGCGCGGCAGCCGCCCCUCGGCCGGUGGCUGGUGGCUCGGCAGCCGCCCCUCGGCCGGUGGCUCGUGGCUGGUGGCGCGGCAGCCGCCCCUCGGCCGGUGGCUGGUGGCUGGUGGCGCGGCAGCCGCCCCUCGGCCGGUGGCUGGUGGCUGGUGGCGCGGCAGCCGCCCCUCGGCCGGUGGCUGGUGGCUGGUGGCUGGUGGCGCGGCAGCCGCCCCUCGGCCGGUGGCUGGUGGCUGGUGGCUGGUGGCGCGGCAGCCGCCCCUCGGCCGGUGGCUGGUGGCUGGUGGCUGGUGGCGCGGCAGCCGCCCCUCGGCCGGUGGCUGGUGGCUGGUGGCUGGUGGCGCGGCAGCCGCCCCUCGGCCGGUGGCUGGUGGCUGGUGGCUGGUGGCGCGGCAGCCGCCCCUCGGCCGGUGGCUGGUGGCUGGUGGCUGGUGGCGCGGCAGCCGCCCCUCGGCCGGUGGCUGGUGGCUGGUGGCGCGGCAGCCGCCCCUCGGCCGGUGGCUGGUGGCUGGUGGCUGGUGGCGCGGCAGCCGCCCCUCGGCCGGUGGCUGGUGGCUGGUGGCGCGGCAGCCGCCCCUCGGCCGGUGGCUGGUGGCUGGUGGCGCGGCAGCCGCCCCUCGGCCGGUGGCUGGUGGCGCGGCAGCCGCCCCUCGGCCGGUGGCUGGUGGCGCGGCAGCCGCCCCUCGGCCGGUGGCUGGUGGCGCGGCAGCCGCCCCUCGGCCGGUGGCUGGUGGCUGGUGGCGCGGCAGCCGCCCAUCGGCCGGUGGCUGGUGGCUGGUGGCUGGUGGCGCGGCAGCCGCCCCUCGGCCGGUGGCUGGUGGCUGGUGGCGCGGCAGCCGCCCCUCGGCCGGUGGCUGGUGGCUGGUGGCGCGGCAGCCGCCCCUCGGCCGGUGGCUGGUGGCUGGUGGCGCGGCAGCCGCCCCUCGGCCGGUGGCUGGUGGCUGGUGGCGCGGCAGCCGCCCCUCGGCCGGUGGCUGGUGGCUGGUGGCGCGGCAGCCGCCCCUCGGCCGGUGGCUGAUGGCUGGUGGCUGGUGGCGCGGCAGCCGCCCAUCGGCCGGUGGCUGGUGGCGCGGCAGCCGCCCCUCGGCCGGUGGCUGGUGGCUGGUGGCGCGGCAGCCGCCCCUCGGCCGGUGGCUGGUGGCUGGUGGCGCGGCAGCCGCCCCUCGGCCGGUGGCUGGUGGCUGGUGGCGCGGCAGCCGCCCCUCGGCCGGUGGCUGGUGGCUGGUGGCGCGGCAGCCGCCCCUCGGCCGGUGGCUGGUGGCGCGGCAGCCGCCCCUCGGCCGGUGGCUGGUGGCGCGGCAGCCGCCCCUCGGCCGGUGGCUGGUGGCGCGGCAGCCGCCCCUCGGCCGGUGGCUGGUGGCUGGUGGCGCGGCAGCCGCCCCUCGGCCGGUGGCUGGUGGCUGGUGGCGCGGCAGCCGCCCCUCGGCCGGUGGCUGGUGGCUGGUGGCGCGGCAGCCGCCCCUCGGCCGGUGGCUGGUGGCUGGUGGCGCGGCAGCCGCCCCUCGGCCGGUGGCUGGUGGCUGGUGGCGCGGCAGCCGCCCCUCGGCCGGUGGCUGGUGGCUGGUGGCGCGGCAGCCGCCCCUCGGCCGGUGGCUGGUGGCUGGUGGCGCGGCAGCCGCCCCUCGGCCGGUGGCUGGUGGCUGGUGGCGCGGCAGCCGCCCCUCGGCCGGUGGCUGGUGGCUGGUGGCGCGGCAGCCGCCCCUCGGCCGGUGGCUGGUGGCUGGUGGCGCGGCAGCCGCCCCUCGGCCGGUGGCUGGUGGCUGGUGGCGCGGCAGCCGCCCCUCGGCCGGUGGCUGGUGGCUGGUGGCGCGGCAGCCGCCCCUCGGCCGGUGGCUGGUGGCUGGUGGCGCGGCAGCCGCCCCUCGGCCGGUGGCUGGUGGCUGGUGGCGCGGCAGCCGCCCCUCGGCCGGUGGCUGGUGGCUGGUGGCGCGGCAGCCGCCCCUCGGCCGGUGGCUGGUGGCUGGUGGCGCGGCAGCCGCCCCUCGGCCGGUGGCUGGUGGCUGGUGGCGCGGCAGCCGCCCCUCGGCUGGUGGCUGGUGGCGCGGCAGCCGCCUUUCUAUUAUUCUGAUACAGAAGGCGUUAUUGAUCAAGAACUUCCUGAAACUCCAGGUAAAGAUCUAGAAGUUAUCGAAGAAGAAGAAGACACUGGUGCAAAUUCAACACCAAAGAAAAGGGAUGAAAAGUUGAAUGCUGGUCACCAUGUGUACAUGGACAAUUACUAUAACAGCUUCGCAUUGGCAAAGCUGCUCCUGGAUAAGAAGACCCACUGCACGGGAACUCUGAGGGCGAAUAGGAAGGAUACACCCAAGGAAAUACAGGAAGCAAAACUACGAAAAGGUGAAGCCGUUGCCAGAUUUGCGGAAGGAGUUAUGAUAGGUGUGAAGAAAUGUAUGGCGCCUUUCACAUUAUACGGCGACGGCAAAAUGCCGCUGCCGUGCCGUGCUGCAGCCGUGUCUUGCCACUACAACAGACGGUCGCCGUACGGCAAGUUCGACAACAGUGGCCUACGUGACUAA